AUGCCUCGCCUCAGUCUCACCGCGCCCGAGGUGGCAACCACGACGGCAGCCAUUACCACAAGCCUGACCACGGCAUGCGCCAACCUCUCGACCGCCACCAACCCGUUCUCUGCUCUGGCCACCGCCUACGGCUCUGCUGCUGCUGCCUCUGCCGGCAUCACCGUGACUGCUCUGGCCGGCACCGACGCCGACGCCCGCCGAGCUGCCAACGCUGCUCGUGCCACUCUCCGCAACGCCUUUGAUGCCGUUUGGACGGAUCCAGACGUCUAUGCGGUUCUCUUGGCUGCCACGGACACUCCUCCGGCCGACGAGGAGGAGGCGCGCUUCAGAUCAAGUGCCCUGGCUCUCAUGCUCCGGCUCGGCGCAGGGCUGACCGGCGAGCAUCGCCUUGCUGCCAAAGACCUGCAGGAGAAGAUCUCAGCCAUGACUUCCCAGUUUGAUGCAAACCUCAACGGAGACACCACAGCUGUUGAGUUCUCCAUCGCAGAGCUGGACGGCGUCCCGGACUCGCUGCUCCCGCUCCUCGAGUCUCGCGGCGACGAUCGCUACGCCGUCCCACUCAAGCGCCCCACCCUCACUCCGACAUUGCAGCACGCCAAGUCGUCAGCAACGCGUAAGGCCCUCUACCGCGCCGCAAACUGCCAGUGCCUCGCCGAAAACGGCCCGCUGGUCGACGACAUCCUCGCCGCCCGCGCUGCCCUCGCCACCGCCCUCGGCUUUGACUCGCACGCUCACCUCAAGACUUCCGCUGAGACCGUCCGCAAGCCCGACGCCGUGUACGCGCUCAUGGACUCGGUCGCCAAGGGCGCAAAACCCAAGUUUGAGGCUGAGAUCUCUGCCCUUGUCGAGCUCAAGGCCACGCUCAUCGCCGACGGCGGCCUUGUCGCCGACGACGACGCCGAGCCGGCCGCUGUCCACCCGUGGGAUCUCUCUCUCCUCCUCCGCGAGCACAAGAAGCGCGCCUUUGCCGUCGACGACGAGCAGGUCAAGGCCUACUUUGAGGUCUCCGCCGUCAUCGCCGGCGUUCUCGCCCUCUACGAGCAUGUCUUUGGCCUUGCCUUUGAGCGCGUUGCCGACGCCCCGCUCGCCUGGCACCCAGACGUUGCCCAGCCAACUCAUCGGCACUUCUUUCUUGACCUCUACCCGCGUGACGGCAAGUACUCGCACCAGUGCGUCGUUCCUCUUCAGCCGUCGUUCUUCGACGCAGUUGCUGGCUCGCAGCGCCUGCCCUCGGCCGUCAUCAUGGGCAACAUGACCAAGCCAACGCCCAGCGCCCCGGCCCUACUGCGCUUCUUCGAGGUCCAUACCUUUGUCCACGAGUUUGGCCACAUCGUCCACGCCCUCUGCUCUCGCGCACGCUUUCCACUCUUCUCCUGGGCAUGGUCCAUCGUGCCCUGGGCCACGGGCUGUGGUGUCGAGAUGGACUUUCUCGAGGUCCCCUCCCAGGCUCUUGAGAACUGGGUCUAUCAGCCGGCCGUUCUCGCCCGCCUCGGCGCGCACCACGUCACCGGCGACCCACUGCCGGAAGAUACCGUCACCGCUCUCGUCGCUGCCCGCCACGUCGCCCCAGGCAUUCGCUACACCCGCCAAAUCGCCAUCUCCGCCAUCGAUCUCAUCAUGCACUCGGGUGGCCCACCCUUUGUCUACCCGCCGUGGGGCAUCGCUGCACACUCAGUUGAGGACCUCGUUGCCCAGGUUUACGCCCACCUCGGCCUUCCGCCUCCGCUGCCAUCCACCAACUUUGUCGCCUCGCUCUUCCACUUUACCUCGUACUCGGCUACAUACCACUCGUACCUCGUCUCCGAAGUCGCCUCCGCCGACUGCUUCACCCUAUUUGCACACAACCCGCUCGAUCAGGCCCAAGGCUCCCGCUUCCGCGAACUCAUCCUUGCCCCCGGCGCCACCGUCGAUGCAACCGCCAUGCUCGCCGCCUUUCUUGCCCGUCCGGUCUCCGUUGACGCCUUUUUCGACUCGGUCGGCUUUACUUCCUCCGACUCUGGGUAGCAGCUACAUUCAUAGAAACGGUUCCCAC